AUGGCUAAUCAAGGAGGAUAUUGGGGUAAUAAUCAGGGAGGAAACGGUCAAAAUGGAGGAUGGGGUAAUAACCAAGGACCACAAAUUCUAUGUGGAGAAGGGUGUACAAUCCUGAUAGGGCCCACUCAAGGAGGAAACAAGCAAUGUGGAUCGGGUAAUAAUCAGGGAGGAUGUGGAGAAGGGUGUACAAUCCUGAUAGGGCCCACUCAAGGAGGAAACAAGCAAUGUGGAUCGGGUAAUAAUCAGGGAGGAACUCAAGGUGGAGGUUGGGGUAAUCAGACUCAGGGAAGAAACAAUCAAGGUGGAGGAUAUGGUUAUCCCCAAAGGUAA